AUGAGGCUUCUAUCGAAAACACGGCCCAGAUUCUCAAUCGAGUCGGAGUCCUGGAUCAGCGACAGGGCUUUGAAAGAGGACCCCAAUUCUGUGAUAUCGGGUCCCAUCUCGGAGAAGUGUUUGACGAGACGUUUGUUUGUUUUCGAGAUGUUGUCCAGGACGGCUUCGUAUUUGGUGAACUUCUUUUCAAACUUGACGAAGUUUUCAAACUGCUCCUCUCCUGCCAGCUCCGGGAACAUGCUAAAGCUCGAGGCGGCCGGCAACGGGAGCGUGCGAAAAUCGCUGAAGUUUGUCUCUGGGUCCAAGAAGGUGAGGAAAUAUCGACACGUCUUGAUCUGGGGCAAGGCCAUGCACCGGUUCAGAAACACGGCGAGCAUUCGCUUGCGGUACUCAAUCAAGUUCAACGGGUCAUUGGAGGCGUGCGAUUCGUUGGCUGUUGGGAAAUGCGAUUCAAUGUUCUUGGUGGUGGUUGUCAAAUUAGAUGCUAGGGUCUGUUUUUCAGGAAUGGGAGGGACCAGAACGGUGGGGAAGAUUUUGAUCAGACAAGUUCGUAGUGUCUCAAACUCGCUGUAUCGUCUUUUCACCGUCAAUGGACCAACGUUGAUGGUGUAA